ACAGGAGAACAGAAGCAGCAGCAAUAAUCCACCUUCUCCUCGGUGCAGGUAAAGGAUCCACAUCCCAGCUGCGGCCAUGAGGAUCCUUCACAUGCUCCUGGUUGUCCUCUUCCUGAUGCUCCAAGGGGCUGCAGGACAAGUGUUUCCCAGGCUAGACAAUUCUUGUUUUAUCCAAAACGGACGCUGCUUCCCAGGGAUUUGUCGUCGCCCUUAUUACUGGAUUGGAACAUGCAGCAAUGGAUAUUCUUGCUGCAGAAAGGGGUGGAGUAGCUGAAGAGUCCCUGGAUUCACCUUGGAAAUCUUUCCUGCUUCUGCUGGUGCUCCUGGGAAUCACCCUGAUCCCAUCGGUCCUGGUGGCACCAGUUCCUUCUGCAAUGAAAAGCUGCCAC